AUGGCCAGCAUCAUCCUGGAAAGCAUCUUCCUGAAGCGCUCUCAGCAGAAGAAGAAAACAUCUCCCCUCAACUUCAAGAAGCGCCUGUUCCUGCUGACAGAGAGCAAGCUGUCUUACUAUGAGUAUGACUUUGAGCGAGGGCGCCGCGGCAGUAAGAAGGGCUCGGUGGACAUCGAGAAGAUCACCUGUGUGGAGACAGUAGUGCCUGAGAACAACCCUCCCCCUGAGCGGCAGGUCCCGAGGAAAGGAGAAGAUUACAACAACAUGGAGCAGAUCUCAAUCAUCGAACGGUUCCCCUACCCUUUCCAGGUGGUAUACGACGAAGGGCCUCUCUACGUCUUCUCCCCGACAGAGGAGCUGCGCAAACGCUGGAUCCAUCAGCUGAAGAGUGUGAUCCGCUACAACAGCGACCUGGUACAGAAGUACCACCCCUGCUUCUGGAUCGACGGCCAGUACCUGUGCUGCUCCCAGACAGCCAAGAACGCCAUGGGCUGCCAGAUCCUGGAGAGCAGGAAUGGCAGUUUAAAAGUUGGGCGGUCGCAUCGCAAGACAAAGAAGCCUCUUCCCCCAACGCCUGAGGAGGACCAGAUGGUGAUGAAGCCCCUUCCUCCUGAGCCUGCCCCCAGCACAGCAGGUGAGAUGAAGAAGGUGGUGGCCCUCUACAAUUACCAGCCAAUGAAUGCACAGGACCUGCAGCUGCAGAAGGGUGAGGAAUACUUCAUCCUGGAGGAGAGCCACCCUCUCUGGUGGAAAGGCCGUGACAAGAAUGGGAGGGAAGGAUACAUCCCCAGCAACUAUGUCACUGAAACCAGCAAUUCCCUGGAGAUCUUUGAGUGGUACUCAAAGAACAUCACUCGGAGCCAAGCAGAGCAGCUAUUGAAACAGGAGGGCAAGGAAGGAGGCUUCAUUGUCCGAGACUCCACCAGCAAGACAGGGAAGUACACUGUCUCUGUCUACGCCAAGUCUUCUGCAGACCCUCAAGGCACGAUCCGCCACUACGUGGUAUGCUGCACGCCCCAGCACCAGUAUUACCUGGCAGAAAAGCACCUGUUCAACACCAUCCCCGAGCUCAUCACCUACCAUCAGCACAACUCUGCUGGGCUCAUAUCCAGACUGAAGUACCCUGUGUCUCAACGCCAGAAAAGUGCCCCUUCCACAGCUGGCCUCGGCUACGGGUCGUGGGAGAUUGACCCAAAGGACCUGACCUUCCUGAAAGAACUGGGGACAGGGCAGUUUGGCGUGGUGAAGUAUGGGAAAUGGAGAGGCCAGUACGACGUUGCUGUCAAGAUGAUCAGGGAAGGCUCCAUGUCAGAGGAUGAGUUUAUUGACGAAGCCAAAGUCAUGAUGAACCUGUCUCAUGAGAAGCUGGUGCAGCUCUAUGGAGUCUGCACAAAGCAGCGUCCCAUCUUCAUCAUCACUGAGUACAUGGCCAAUGGCUGCCUCCUGAACUUCCUGAGGGAAACUCGGCAGCGAUUCCAGCCUGCAGAGCUGCUGGAGAUGUGCAAGGAUGUCUGUGAAGCUAUGGAGUACCUGGAAUCCAAGCAGUUCCUGCACCGAGACCUGGCCGCUCGCAACUGUUUGGUGAAUGACCAAGGAAUUGUGAAAGUAUCAGAUUUUGGGCUUUCCAGGUAUGUUCUAGAUGAUGAGUAUACAAGCUCCAUGGGGUCCAAGUUUCCAGUGCGGUGGUCUCCCCCUGAAGUGCUUCUGUACAGCAAGUUCAGCAGCAAGUCUGACGUCUGGGCUUUUGGCGUUCUGAUGUGGGAAGUUUACUCGCUGGGAAAGAUGCCCUACGAGAGGUUUAGCAACAGCGAAACAACAGAGCACGUCAUCCAGGGCCUGCGCCUCUACCGGCCGCAGCAGGCCUCCGAGCGGGUCUACGCCGUCAUGUACAGCUGCUGGCACGAGAAGGCCGAGGAGCGCCCCAGCUUCACCGCGCUGCUGGCCAGCAUCCUGGACGUCAUGGACGACGAGCCCUGACCCCGAGCCGGGCCGGCCUGGCCUGUGACACCUGCCUGCUGCUGGCGGCUGGUACCGCUGGGCUGGUGCUGCCCCGCGGCCCGCCGAGAUGGACCCACGCACCGAACCUCGACACCGCUGCCAUGGACACGGCAGCAGCCACACCGUGGACAAGCGUGGACGGCUGCCACCGCAGCCCCUGUGACCGGCAGAGCCCCUCACAGCCAAGGACAGAGUCAGGACCCCUGACGGCCCCGCUGGGCUCUGUACCGAGCCCGUGCGCAAUAAACGGCUCCCGACCCCUCC